AGUUUCCUCUUGAGUUGUACGUAAUGGAUUAAUUUCCUUCCCUAAAACGAUUUCUACAUCUGUAAACAAAGCGGAGAUUUUGUCUCGCUACACCCACUUCACUUUCAUUUCAAUCCUAGGGUUCUUUCUUCAAUUCUCUAGCUUCUUAUCAACUGUAGUGUCCAUAAAUCAGGGGCUGUGAAGGAAUUUUGAGGGAUUUGGCAGCAAGAACUUGAGUCUAUUAAUUGGGAAGCAAGGAGAACCGGUUUAACUUCAGUUAUUUAUUUGUGGGUUGUGGGGUUGUGUUAUUGUUGUCUACUCUAGGAUAUAUGUUCUUGGUGAACUGAAAUGAGUGUGGUUGGGUUUGAUAUUGGUAAUGAAAACUGUGUUAUUGCCGCUGUGAAGCAAAGGGGCAUUGAUGUGUUGUUGAACGAUGAAUCAAAACGUGAAACACCAUCUGUGGUGUGUUUUGGGGAGAAACAGCGGUUUCUUGGGGCUGCUGGUGCUGCUUCUGCUACAAUGAAUCCAAAAUCCACAAUAUCUCAAGUGAAGAGAUUGAUUGGCCGGAAUUUCACAGAUCCUAAUGUUCAGAAUGAGCUAAAAAUGUUUCCAUUUGAAACUUCUGGUGGACAGGAUGGUGGCAUUUUGAUUCGCUUAAAAUAUUUGGGGGAGACAUGUACAUUUACACCAGUUCAGAUCAUGGCAAUGCUCUUUUCACAUUUGAAAGAAGUUGCAGAGAAAAAUUUGGAAAUGCCUGUUGCUGAUUGUGUGAUUGGGAUACCAUCAUAUUUCACAGACUUGCAGAGGCGGGCAUAUUUAAAUGCUGCAACAAUAGCUGGUUUGAAGUCUUUGAGGUUGAUGCAUGACUGUACUGCAACAGCACUUAGUUAUGGGAUCUACAAAACAGAUUUCUCCAAUGCAGGGCCAACAUACAUUGCAUUUGUUGACAUUGGUCAUUGUGAUAUCCAAGUAUCUAUUGUAUCGUUCGAGGCUGGGCAUAUGAGGGUUCUAUCCCAUGCUUUUGAUAGCAAUUUGGGAGGAAGGGAUUUUGAUGAGGUUUUGUUUAGUUAUUUUGCCACACAGUUCAAGGAGAAUUACAAAAUAGAUGUGUAUUCUAAUGUCAGGGCUUGUAUUAGGUUAAGGGCAGCAUGUGAGAAGUUGAAGAAGGUUUUAAGUGCAAAUGCUGAGGCACCUCUACAUAUUGAGUGCUUGAUGGAUGAGAAAGACGUUAAAGGUUUUAUCAAGAGAGAAGAAUUUGAGAGAUUGGCUUCAGAAUUAUUGGAGAGGAUUUGUGUUCCUUGCAAGAAAGCUUUAGCUGAUUCAGGUAUACCAGUGGGGAAGAUACAUUCCGUUGAGCUUGUUGGUUCAGGGUCUAGAAUACCAUCUAUUACUAAGUUGUUAGCUUCUCUGUUUGGGAGAGAACCCAGCCGCACGCUGAAUGCUAGUGAAUGUGUGGCACACGGAUGCGCCCUCCAGUGUGCAAUGCUCAGUCCAGUUUUUCGAGUUAGAGAAUAUGAGGUUCAAGAUUCGUUUCCUUUCUCUAUUGGAUUUUCAUCAGAUAAAGGCCCAAUUGGCACAGGGUCAAAUGGCAUGUUGUUUCCAAAAGGCCAACCUAUUCCAAGUAUCAAAAUUUUGACAUUCCAACGGAGUAGUUUGUUUCGUUUGGAAGCCUUUUAUGCCAAUCAAAAUGAACUUCCCCCUGGCGUACCUUCAAAAAUUAGUUCUUUCACAAUUGGUCCUUUCCCUGGCAGUAUUAAUGAAAACACAAGGAUUAAAGUUAAAGUACAAUUGAACCUUCAUGGCAUUGUCGCCAUUGAGUCAGCUAUGUUGAUGGAAGACCAUGUAGAUGAUUAUGUUAGGAUGGACUAUGCUCAUCCAGAAGUAGACAAAAUGGAGGUUGACACUGCAUCUUUUUCUUCCACAAAGCUUGCAAAUGGUGAUGAGGAUGAUGUGACAAUGCAUGCCAUGUCAUCAGAUCCUUCAGCUGAUGGCAUAACAAGGAAUAGGGCCUGUCAGAGGCUUGAGAUACCUGUUACUGAGAACAUAUAUGGUGGAAUGACUGAGGCUGAACUUUCAGAAGCUAAAGAGAAGGAAUUUCAGUUAGCUCAACGGGACAAACUUGUGGAACAAGCGAAAAACCAGAAAAAUGCCUUGGAAUCCUUUGUUUAUGAGACACGCAAUAAGCUUUUCAACACAUAUCGGAGCUUUGCCAGUGACCCAGAGAAAGAGGGAAUCUCCAGGAGCCUACAGGAGACAGAGGAGUGGCUUUAUGAAGAUGGUGAUGAUGAAACUGAGAAUACUUACACCUCAAAAAUGCAGGAUCUUAGGAAGCUGGUAGAUCCCAUUGAGAAUCGUUAUAAAGAUGCAGAAGCAAGAGCACAAGCUAAACGAGAUUUGUUAAAUAGCAUUGUGGAUUAUCGCAAGUCUGUUGAUUCUCGUCCAACAGAGGAUAGGGAAUUGAUCAUUAAUGAGUGCAAUAAAGCUGAACAUUGGCUGAGAGAGAGAACCCAACAACAAGAUUCUCUACCCAAGAACGCCAAUCCUGUAUUAUGGUCAUGGGAGAUAAAGAGGAGGACAGAGGAGUUGAACUCGAUAUGCAAACAGAUAACGGAAAGGAAGUCUUCUCCGCAAAAUUCAGAGGACAAGAAGGGUCCAGACCUGCAAGUAUAGCUUCAAGUUGUUGAAGACCACUUCGGAAAAGUUCACUUAAAAUUCACACUUCCAACUUACACAAUUAACAGUUUACACAGCCUAUUAUACAAUUUUGAUAUUGGCAGUCUUACAGAAAAAGUAGUAAGACUAUUAAGGAUCCAGUUUUCCUUGGUUUUCAGUGACCUGAUAAUGUGUUGUUACUACUAGGGCAGAUUGUGAGGUGCUCAUAAAGAUGGGUGGCUGCUGUGGCGUUUGACCUAAGCCCUUCAAUACUUAUUUACCUGUUUCAAUGCUUCUGGAUGUACAAAAGAAUUUGAAUUUUUCAUAAUCUUCACUGAUGUAACCGUGUUGCGUGCUUGGUUGAUUGGCAAGUUUGCCGUCUGGAUCUGACUUCUUUCCCUAUUGACAUGGAUACCUUGUUACAUGGGAUGGCUGUUACAUAUUUUCUCAGAAAGUAGAAAAGGCCUUUGAAAGGAAAGCUGCUGCAAAUCCUGGAAGAAGGAAAAUGCAAUCUUGAGUGAAGCACAUGAUUGUUUUUAUUGUUAGCGCUUCUGAUUCGCUUGUUAAACGUGCUAGUUGACUCCCCUCUCAUAAUUGAUUUCUAUAAAGGAACUCAUAUUAAACAGGUUUUA